AUGACAUGGACAGCUGAAGAAGAAGACUGUUGUAGAUGGUUUGGAGUCACAUGCAACAACCAAACAGGUCAUGUUGCAGAGCUUUAUAUCAGCCACUGUAAUCUUGGAGGUGAGAUUAGUCAUGCGUUGCUUAAUUUAAGCAACUUGAUUAUUCUUGAUCUUUCCUAUAAUUCUUUUCAUGGAACUAUUCCCACCUUUAUUGGUUUAAUGACUCGAUUAAGGUACCUCACACUCCAUUACAAUAAUCUUAAUGGAAUCAUCCCCAGGUCCUUUGGUUCCUUGACCAAUUUGAUGUACCUUGAUCUUUCCUAUAACUCUCUUUAUGGAUUCAUUCCUCCAGAGUUUGGAAAUCUCACCUACCUGCAAGAGCUUGUUCUUGAAUCUAUUGGAAGAUGUGAAGUUGAAAACCUAAAUUGGUUGUCUCAUCUUUCUCACUUGGAGGAGCUUAGAAUGGAUGGGAUUUCCCUAGCCAAACAAAAUCAUUGGGUAGAUGUAAUGUUGAGUCUGCGAAAACUAUCAUAUUUAAGUUUAGAUGGAUGUGAGCUGUCACAGGUAGUGUAUCCAUAUUCUUCUUCAUUUCUCAACUCUUCUUCUUCAUCUAUUCAUACCCUUUCUCUUCCAAACAACAAUCUCACCUCAACCAUGUAUAGUUGGUUGUUCCCACUAACCAGCAAUAAGCUUCGUGUUCUUUAUCUCUCUUAUAACAUGUUAGAUGGGAUACCCGAAUACUUUUCUAACCUAUGUAGUUUGGAAUGGUUAGACUUUGUCAACAACUCUGUUGUUGUAAAAUUUCCUGAUUUUCUUAACAACUUGUCUGGAUGCACAUCCCUCACAUUGCAAUGGUUGGGUGCAUCUUAUAACCAGUUUACAGGAGGUUCCAUCUCUGAAAAUAUUGGAAAGUCAAAGGCUUUUACUAUAUUUCUUUCAGAAAACCCACUCCAAGGAGUUCCUUCCACAAAUCACUUGUCAAACCUUUCUUAUGUAGAGUUUAUAGAUAUGAGCUCUUGCGAUCUAGGGCCUCGUUUCCCCAAAUGGAUUCAAACACUGAUAAAUCUUACCUGCCUUCAUAUUUCCAAUGCUAGCAUUUCAGACACAAUUCCUCUGGAGUUUUGGGAUUCAUGGCCUUCUAAAUUAAGAUAUUUGAAUCUCUCUUCCAACAACAUCAAAGGGGAAGCAGCCGAUUUAUUAUCAAAUUUUGACAACAACUCAGUGAUAGAUUUGAGUUCCAACAGAUUUUAUGGUACGAUACAGAAUGUCUCCUCUGCUGUGGCAUUGUUAAACCUUUCCAAAAACAAAUUCAGUGGAGGAAUAUCUUUUUUAUGCCAAAUGGUUGAUGGAUUUUUAGAAUUUCUUGACCUCUCCCACAACUUUCUAAUUGGGCAACUUCCAGACUGUUUAUGGCAUUUCAAAAAUCUAAAAGUUCUUAAUUUAGGACACAACAAUCUAUCUGGAAGGCUUCCUUCCUCUAUUGGAUCUUUGAUGGAACUUGAGGCGUUGUAUUUGUACAUGAACAACUUCUCUGGAGAGUUGCCUUUGUCCUUGAAGAAUUGUACAAGUUUAAACUCAUUGAAUUUGGGGGCCAACAAGUUUUCUGGUAAUGUGCCUGUUUGGAUUGGGGAAAACUUAUCAAGGUUGUAUGUUCUUAUCCUGAAAUCAAACAACUUCUUUGGAACCAUCCCUUUACAAGUAUGUCAAUUACCAAAUCUUCAAAUUUUAGACAUUUCAAGAAACAAUCUCCAUGGAAGCAUCCCCUCAUGUUUAAAUAAUCUUACAAGCAUGGUUCAACAAGGAAUAUUACCAACACAAAACAUACAUUCCAUUUUAACUAACUGGUAUCGUUUAGGUGUUAUAUAUAAAUUACUUGAUGGUGAGUAUGUUGACCAUGCAAUGAUCGGGUGGCAAGGAGAGGAGCGUGAAUUCACUCGUAAUCUGGGAUUGUUGAAGACCAUUGACCUAUCAAGCAACAAUUUAACAGGAGGGAUACCUUCAAGCAUGUCACAAAUGACUUUAUUGAAUGACCUAGACGUGUCAUAUAAUAGAUUGUCAAGGAGAAUCCCAUCUAGCACUCAACUCGAGUACUUUGAACCUUCAAGAUACGAUGGAAACCUUGGAUUAUGUGGACGGUGGACCUCCCCUUUCCAGAAAAUGUCCAGGAGAUGA